AUGGAAACUUCUUUGGAUAUGUCAUUGGAUGAUAUGAUAAAAAAUAGAAACAUUGGCGUAAGAGGGAGAGGUCGUGGACGUGGCCGGGGCUGGGUUCGAGGGCGAGGUGGUCCAUCUCGUGGACGAGCAGUUGGGAUGCUCCAUCAAGGAUUUCUGAGUGUGAAUACUCGUCCAUCAGCUUACAAGACUGCCAAGGCAAGCCAAAAAUCAUUAAUAUUUUUUGCAUUUGUUCAAGAAACUGCAAUGCUAUAGAAACACGUAAAUGGAAGGGAGGAUUACUAUCUUCUUGGAAACUUGGCAAGCUCAAUGAAAGGCAUUUUGACUGUGAGAAUUGGGUUUCUAGUGUGUUGAAUUCAUGACUUGCACUUCAUAAAAAAAAUGAAGCACGACAGAUGGAUUCUCGAAAUCCAAGUGGAUGCUGAAUGGGGAUCGCAAGGAAUGGUCCUGCAGUGUGAUAUUUCGGCAUUGUGGACCUUAAGUUGGUUAGAUUCUUAUGGAUUUUCAUGCCAAGGAGCUUUUGGGUUACACCUCUGUCAGAACUGGAAUCUCACCAUUGUCUCUGAUCAGCAUUUGCCUAUUGGGAGGACUCUCUACUACCAUCUGUUAGCUGUGUGCUUCAUUUGAAAUUAGUUAAUUUUUUGAAACUGGGCUACAAGAACUUCAACAGUAGUGACUACUAGAGUAGUAAAGCUUUAUGUUACUGUUAUGAAAAUUUUAUGACCUCUAAACUCCAGAAGAAUGUGGAGUUGAUCCUGUUUCGUGAUUCUGUGCUAACACGUUCUUCUGCCAAUAUGGAUGUUCUUCGCCCAUACAUAGUCUUUCAGCAGAGCAACGGACUUGAUACGGCGACCUGAUCUGUUUAAUGAUAGCAUGAUUGCCGCUGGACUUAGAGGAGUUGAAACUGGCACAAAACUAUAUGUUUCCAACUUGGACUAUGGUGUGUCCAACGAAGAUAUAAAGGUGUGUUGGUCGGAGCAGCUAAACUAUCCCAUCAUGCUAUUUCGUACAUUGAAGUUGUUUCCUCCAUGUCGGGGAUCCUGAAGAUCUGAAAAGCAGUUCUUUUGCCUUUGUUUGGGUUUCAAAUCAGGAGUUAUUUUCCGAGCUUGGCGAGCUGAGGAGGAGCACACUACACUAUGAUAGGAAUGGCCGUUCAAGUGUAAGUUCUGUCAUUUUACUAUGUUUACAGUUGUAUUGGCAGCUCAAUGUAUUGGCAGAAUCUUUUUGUAAUGACCCCUCAGCAACAUUGUUCAUUUACUCCAAUUAUCCUUUUCAGUUUUAAAAGAGAAAUAAAAUAAUAGCAUUUCAUUGACAGAAAACCUGAGCAUAUUACCAUGCUCCCUCAAAUAGCUUAUUGUGGGAGUAGUUGCAGUGCCGUGGAACCAUUUCAAUACUCCAUCUAUGCUCGAAGUGGACAGCGAAUAAUUUGUUUUGGAUGCAUCUGACGGCUAAAUAUUUGUCUUAUGAUUUAUCGCUUAUCAUUUGCUGCUUGAAUUAAAGGUUUUCAGCAAUUGACCUGAAUUUGUUCUUCCACUUUCUACAUAACUUCUUUCUUCCUCUCCGCUAUUACCUCAUCUUUAUUCAGCAUAAGCAGUUGUCUGCGUACUACUUAGAGGAAUCUUUCUUGUAUCUGACAGGGAAGAUUUCGUAGCUCUGCAAAAAUGAAAAUGGUUGAAUUCUCCUUUUCAAUUUCAUUGUCUGUUGAUCAUCCUAAAAAGAUUUGAAGUUCAGCUGUGUUAUCUUGGACAGAACCAGCUUUUUUCCUGGUCAUCUUAAUGGGCCGGCACGUACUUCAGAGACAGACCAUUGGCCCAUAUCAUGGAUUUGUUCCUUACAUCCUGUUUCCGUGAUCCUAUGUCGGUCUUUGGUCAAGUUGAUGUCAUGACGGUAAAAAAUUCUUCUGAUUUUCUUUCUGCUGAACUCCUCUCAGUCGGAUCUCAAUUUAACUUCUCCCCAUUUCUACAAUUUCACUAACAUAUUUAAACGGAAGACAUUUUUAUAGCCUAUGAAACGCUGUCCACUGAUUGUCUCACAAAAAGAUGGCACGUUAUUUAAUCCAUAAGGUUAAUAAUGUCUUUAAACCUUAGAAGUACUAUAAUUAUCUUGAACUGUCAGUUUUCACCACUCACGUACAACGUAAUAAGCAAACAAUGAUAUUUACGCAGCUGCGUCACCACUUUAGAGGGAGAUGAGCUUGAAACUUUACUACUUAUUUGCUAUAUUUUAUUUUGAAGGACUAAGUGGAGUUUGGGUGCCUAAUAGAUUAAAAUAUUAUCCUCAGAUUCUGUUUUCCAGAACUAUCGAUAGAAGUCGUAGGUUAGCUUCAUCUUGGUGCCCAAUUUCCUUUUAUAUAGAACAUUGCAUUCCCUCUUUUUUUUUUUAAUGACUGGAGAUGAUGCCUUAACUUCUAUUCUGAGAUUUUCUUGAAACAGUGUCUUCGAUCAGUGAACUCCAUGACUAGUUGGUUUAAAAUUAAAUGGAGGAGUUGGGUUUUGAUUUCAUUCUUGUCCUGCUGUGCCUUUUCGUUAGCUGACGUGGCGUCAUGAAAAAUCUUUCCAUGUUGCUUCGCUAUAUGAGAUGUUGCUGCACUGGAGCGUUCUUCACUUAAACCGAAUUCCGUAAGGGAUUGUUUCAACCCCAACUUUUACUCCUUUUUUCCUCCGUUCCUCGGAUGGCUACAGAUCAAUUGGCCCAGUGGAUCCUUCGCUUGGCACCAUAAAAUGUUUUCUUACAGUUGAUGAUGCCUCAAAUGCUCCUGAGAUCAUCCUUUUAUGACUUUUGUCCUGAGCUUGUAGAAAGUGCGACAAACGCACUUCUCUACUAAUCAUGUUUUCCUUAAUACCACUUGAUCACCAAAUACUUCUCAUUGUGUCAUAUCAUUUGUCUUUCUCGAAGGCAUAUAAUAUCAUGCCUAGGGGCCUUUGGGUGGAAGGUGGUCAGAGAAAAAAUGUUGGAGCUAUUGAGCCCACUCCAUUAAAUUUUGCAGGAAUUGACGAACUCUGAUUUGAUUUAAUCCUGAAAUAUAUUGUGUAAGAUAUACGGGGAAAACAGAGGUGACAUGUCUUACCUAUAGCAUAUGGAAGUAUCAACGUAAUUUAUUUCUCCAUCAAUACUUUAUCUUCCUCUGGUCUCCACUUACCAAUACUGUUAAUGUCCUAAAAAAAAGCAGAGGAUUAGAGUGAUCCACCACUUACCAGGCAUCGGAACGUUGAAUAGUCUGCUGUUCUAGAAAGGCAUCUUUGUUCGCAGCAUUUGAACAAAGGUCCCAGUAGGAGUUCACAUGUUCUUUGCCACCACCAUAUGGUGAGAAAGUAGUCUGGACAGCUAAGGUGUCUAGGAUACCAAUGCAAGGUUUGCGAAAUGCAAAUUUACAUUCAUAAACAGGGACUCAAAAAAUGGUAGACAAUAAUAAACUAAUAUUUAUGUUCAAUGUAAGUUUGAAGGAUGUGAAUAAUUUGACAUCAGAAUAUGACACCUGUAUCGUGUGGUUUUAUCAUUAUUUUUACAUAUUAUUUGUAACUUAUGUAAUAAUUAAUUUAUUUUCAUGAGACUGAUCCUCAUCUGGACGUCACCUAAUGUCAGACCUUGUCAGCUAAACAGUAAGUCGGUGAUUCACCUCCUAGACUGUCUUAAAAACCUCAAUUGUUCCCGGUUUACACCAGAACAAGUCGUCCCAAUUCAUAAAAGAGCUUUAUUUCCAACAUGUACAUUGAUCUUCCCUUUGGACUAUAUUUGCUUUCAUCCUUGACUAAAAUCCUUACGUGAUUCGGCUUUAUGUCAUUUUAGAACCAUUGAAUUCCGAAUGAAAAUCAGCCGCAAAUUUCUCUCAUUGACCUGUUAUAUAUAUGCCUCUCUUAAAGGCUUGAAUAUUCUCUUUUCCUCUGACGUGGGGGUUGAUUAUCAACAGUUUUAUCAUUUGUGUAUUAAAUCAUUUAUCUACUAUUCAGUUAUUUUUGUUAUUUUACUUUUGAAAGCUCUGCAUUGUAUUACUCCCUUUUUGUGCAGCCUUUCCAUUUUUCUUCUUUAUAAAAACUAUGGCAGAUGGGAUUAACAUAUACACGUAUAUAUAUAUAUAUAUAUAUAUAUAUAUAUAUAUAUAUAUAUAUAUAUAUAUAUAUAUAUAUCUCUACAUCAACCAACAUGUAAAUAUCAAAUGCAGAAGCAUUAGCUUUACCUGCUUAUAUAUGUGAAUGGAAUCUUUCUCUAGAUUAAUUGCUAAUGCUCGCGAAGAACUUUAAACAGGGCUCAGCUGAAGUUGUCUUUGUAAGGAGAAGUGACGCAUUUGCUGCCUUGAAACGCUAUAACAAUGUCCAGCUGGAUGGAAAAGCGAUGAAGAUUGAAAUCAUUGGUUCUGAUUCGGGCUUGCCUGUUUCUGCCCAUGUCAAAGUUGUUGGGGCAAAUGGAAGAGGAAGAAGGACGGUAGUUAUGACGUAAGUUGAAUAAAUAUUUCCCCCUUUCAAUUCGUAUUAUUAUCCAUGCCCUUUCAAACAUGCCUAUUCGAAGGUUUGUUUGAUUACCUUCGUGCAUUUAAAUAAUUUUUCUUUCUCCCACUUUUUGAGAUCCUAUCAAGAAAAAUCAUUCGAGCUAAGCUGGUCAGGCUCCCACGGCUCCCCCUUUUUUGUGACUGAGGUUCAGAAAACUCUGGAUCAUGCAAUAGACCUAGCCUAGCUUGGUCACACUGGAUAGUUUGGCCCAUAGAUGAAAAACUGCUGUUCAUCUAGGUCAGGGAUUCAGUGUCCCCCCCCCCCCCCCCCCCAAACCCCCCCGGGUUGAUUGUGAUUGUAAGAAGCCUGCCUUCUCAAUAACGAGUGUUCUUCUUCUUCAAUAGCUUGCUCCCUUCUAUUCCCAUCAAAACAGAAGCAAUUGCUGAAUCUCCAUGUGAUUUAUGUUGAUUCCUUUUUUGAGGUAGCUUCCCAGCAGUGCAAUUUUCUUCUCUUCCUCCCAUGUUGAUGCCUCCAUUAAUAUGCAGGCCAAGGCUGGGCGAACCUGUUGUGGGCGGUACUAUCUUCAAUGCUUCUCGUGGGUGAGUUCCUUACCUACCAGCUUUGUCUCCCCCCCUGCUCCACAAAAUUAUAAAAAAAAAUAUUACUCCCCUACUAAGAUCAAUCGAGCGUAUGAUUCUUGGGGAUAAAUGUGAAUCAAGGGGCUAUGAAAGAUUCAAAGACCUCUACUUCGCUCCCUUGUUUUUGGUUUUCUGGGUCCUGACUAGCAAUGCCCACCCGAUUUCCAUGCAGCGGGCGAGGUCGUGGCGCUUUCCAAGUGGGCCGGGGCCGUGGGCGAGGCGUCGGCGGCGGCGGCGGCGGCAUUGGCCGUGGUUUUGGUGGCCGUGUAGGCCGAGGCGGCGGCGGCGGCGGCGGCGGCGGCGGCGGCCGUGGGCGCGGCAGGGCGCAGCAAUCUGUCGAGAAGUCGGCAGAAGACUUGGACAAGGAACUGGAGAGCUAUCACGCGGAUGCCAUGAACACCUCCUGA